AUAUAUUGUCAAAAAAAAAACACAACUGUGGGUGAGUCGAGACAACAAACCAACCAAACUGCAUCUGUUUUUCUCAGUUCCAGCAGGAAAAGUUUAUGGAAAAUGGAUUCACCAAACCAAACUUUUGGCAAUGACAAAUUCUCACGGAAGAAUGCAAGUUCAGAUUCCUUAGAUUUCGACGCUAAACCAAUUUCAACAUCGACUAAAUUUACGAUGGACAAUGAAAAUGGGAUGGAAAGAAGCACACCCUUCACAUAUCUGAGUGGUGAACAGGAUUUGGACCAAAGACACGAUGUCAGAUAUAUGUGUCCGUAUAGUGGGCCCUUGUUUGGAGUGCUCAUCAUCACGAACUAUAGACUUUUCUUUCGUUCUCUGCCACAAAGGGAGCCAGGUCAAAUUAUUAUCGUAGAUGUGCCAUUGGGGGCAAUUUCUCGAGUGGACAAAAUUGGUGGGUCAACAUCGAGACGUGAAAAUGCUUAUGGAAUCGAGAUCUCAUGCAAAGAUUCGAGAACAAUACGUUUCGCCCACAAACAACAAAAUCAUUCACGCAGAUCUGUUUUUGAAAAAAUCACGUCUUAUGCAUUUCCACUUUCGUUUAGUGGAAAGAUUUUUGCAUUCAACUAUACCGAAAAAUUUGAUGUAAAUGGCUGGAAUGUUUAUGACAGUGUGGCAGAAUACAAUAGAUUGGGAGUGCCCAAUGAACUUUGGAGGAUAACUAAAGUGAAUGAAAACUAUGCUGUGAGUGAUAGUUACCCGGCAAUUUGGGCGGUUCCAUCUUGUGCUUCAGAUGAACUUUUAAAAAAAGUCGCGGUGUUUAGAUCAAAAGGACGAAUUCCUAUCCUGUCAUGGGUUCAUCCUCAAACAAAUGUUUCGAUUACCCGUUGUUCACAGCCGUUAGUUGGUGUCGGUGGUAAACGCUGUCCCGAAGAUGAAUCCUAUUUGAAUUAUAUCCUCGACAUGAACUCGAAUUCAGACAAGCUAGUAAUCAUGGAUGCAAGACCAAGUGCCAAUGCAAUUGCCAAUAAAGCCAAAGGUGGCGGUUAUGAGUCUGAUGAAAUUUAUCGUAAUGUCGAAUUCCACUUCUUAGACAUCCAUAAUAUACACGUUAUGCGAGAGAGUUUGAAAAAAUUAAAAGAAGCUUGCUACCCUUUGGUUGAUGACCAAAAAUGGCUUUCAUCGGUUGACAAUACGCUUUGGUUGAAGCACCUGAAAUUCAUUUUAGCUGGUGCAGUGAGGAUAGUAGAAAAAGUAGAUGGUUUGCGCGUUUCUGUUCUGGUCCAUUGUUCAGAUGGAUGGGACCGAACGUCACAAUUGACUGCGUUGUCCAUGUUGUUAUUAGAUCCGUACUACCGCACCUUAAAAGGAUUUGAAGUUCUUAUUGAAAAAGAAUGGUUAAGUUUUGGUCAUAAAUUUCAACAGAGAAUCGGUCACGGUGAUGGAAAACAUUCCGAUGCUGAAAGAUCCCCAGUUUUCUUACAGUUCAUAGAUUGUGUCUGGCAAGUAAUGCAACAGUUCCCGAAUGUGAUGGAAUUCAAUGAGCACUUUUUAAUCACCAUCCUUGAUCACUUGUUUUCAUGUCGUUUUGGAACCUUUCUUUGUAACAACGAAGCAGAGAGAACUAAAGAAGAUAUUAAAAAUAAAACCUGUUCGCUUUGGUCGUAUAUUAAUAUCUCAAUCGAACAGUACCGGAAUCCAUUUUACAACGCAAACAAUACCGGGAGUGUCCUUAAGCCGAUUGCGAGCAUGCGAUGCGUAAAACUCUGGAAAGGCUAUCAUUGUAGGUGGAACAAUGGUGUGCAACCUCAAGCUAACAUUUACCAAAGAACAAAAGACCUAAUGGCUCUGCAAGAACAACUCCAGAAGCAAGUGGACGAAGAACGAUCAAAAUCAUUCUUGAGGCCAGUUCAUCAAUUGAGGCACAUAUUAAAAGCUAAACAUUAAACAAACAAAAAACACACACACAAACUUCUUUAGUAUAAUAAAUUAAUACUGUCUCUGUAUUUGCAGUAUUUCAGUAGUAAACAUUUAAUAUUUUUAAGUUAUGUUAUUUAAUAACAAAUAUAUAUAUAUUUAUAUACAACAAA